CUUUUUGUUUCCUCUUUCUCUUGGUGCAUAUAACAUGUUAAAAGUCGGAAGGAAACCCUAAGCAAGAAGCUAAGCUAAAGAUCGAGAACUGAGGGUAGGGAAGAUGUUUAACUACAAGGCUAAGCCUAAGUACGCGAAUGCUAAAACGGCGGUGUGGUGGGACAUGAACUGCUGUCCGGUUCCAGAAGGUUAUGAUGCUGGUCGGGUUCGGCCGAGUAUAGAAGGGGCGCUGAAGGAGUUGGGAUACUAUGGUCCUGUAACCAUCACUGCCAUGGGCGACCUGACGGAAGCACAUCCUCACUUCCUGCAAAGGCUCUCUUCCACUGGAAUCGUUGUUCAACACGCCGUCAACGCUAGGUUAGCCACACUCGUUUUCAAUGAUUUGAUGGAAUUCAAAAGAAAUAAUCUACCACCAGCUACAAUAAUGCUCAUAUCCGAUAAGUUGGACGGCCAAUUGAAUUUCCCUCUUGGCCGGAAUCAACAAAUUCAAAGUGGAUACAACCUUGUUCUGGCGAGUUCAUCUGGUGGGUCUCUGCAUCGUCUCCACCAUACUGCAGAUUGGCGCUGGAAAACCCUACUGGAGGCGGCGGCAGAUUCAGUGUCUCAGGACACAACAACAAGUUAUGUUCUUCGGAAAUGCAGUUCCUCUACCUUGUCGUCAUUUGUUUGCAGAGCAUGCAAAUUUACUGGCCUAAGCGUUGCAAGUUUCACCAGUCAUCUCUCCACUGAAGAACAUAAAAAGACGGACAAGGAGGAGAAGAAGAACUUCAGUGUGCCAGACUUCUCACCUUUCAUAACAGUAAAGAUGAACGACCAAGCCGCGCCUGAGUACGUGAAUUCUAAAACGGCUGUGUGGUGGGACAUGGACACCUGUCCACUUCCCGAUGGUUACGAUGCUCGCCGGGUCCGCCCAAGUAUAGAAGGGGCCUUGAAGGAUUUGGGAUACUAUGGUCCUGUAACCAUCAGUGCCAUGGGCAACCUGGAAAAUGCACAUCCUCACGUCCUCCAAGGGCUCUCUUCCACUGGAAUCCUUUUUCAACACACCACUAGGGUACGCUCAUAUAUUUAUCAUGAUUUGAGGAUGUUCAAAGUUGAUAAUCCACCACCAGCUACAAUAAUGCUCAUAUCUGAUCAAGUGGAACCCGUGUUGUCUAUCUUCCUUUCUCUGGAUCAACAAAAGAGUUACUACAACCUUGUUCUGGCACGUACAUUUACUCCUCCGAGUAUGUCAUGUCUCUGCCAUACUGCAGACAUGUCUCUGCCAUACUGCAGAGUGGCUCUGGCAAACCCUACUGGCUAGGUCUCCGGAGACAACAAGUUGUGUUCUUCGCAACUCUGCCUCGUCAUUUCUUUGCGGAUCAUGCAACUUUACUGCCCUAAGCGUUACAGAUUUCAGCAGG